GGGAGACAGGAGGGAGGGAGCACAAGUGCAGGCGAGGACUAUCGCUGCAUCCUUCUGAAAGAAGACAAAAUAACAACAACAACCCCAAGGAGAUCUCGUCCAUAUCAUCUUCCUCUCUUCCGCGUCCUUUUGCCUCUCUCUUCCUGGCCAUUGUCCAAGCCUUGGCUGUAGAAUGAGCUCCAGCCUGCUGGAAAACCCGGUGCAGGCGAUCUUGUACCUGCGGGAGCUCACCACCAUCGUGCAGAACCAGCAAAGUCUCAUCCAGACGCAGCGCUCCCGCAUCGAGGAGCUGGACCGGCGAGUGGAUGAGCUCAUCGGGGAGAACAGGCACCUGCGAGAUGUCCGCGUGCAGCAGCAUCAGCAUCCCUACACUGCGUACCCGCACCACCUCCUCCAUCAUCACCACCAUCAGCUUCACCCCGACGUAGGCUUCCUCCAUCACCUCCACCUCGCUCAGGACCCGCAGACCAAGAGCUCCGCGGCAAACUCCGCGGCGAGCCCCGCGCCUGAGGAGGCGGCCGCACCGGCACAACAAGUCGACGGGGCCGCGGUGGUCCAGCCCCCUCCCACGGAACCUUUGGACCCGGGAGACAUGCAGCUGGUUCCGGCCGAGCCGACUCCGGAUUCGCCGAUCGAGAGCGAGCCGGAUAACGGCGGGAGUUGCAGCGGGUGUCGCUCCUUGGUUCCGAUGACCCCGACCACUCUGUGUCGGUCAUUGGCCCUCGCCAAGACCUCCGAAAGCGAGACGGUGCUGCAUCAGUUCUGCUGCCCUGCCCCUGAGCAUCCUGAGGCUGACACAAGUGGCACGUCCAGCGGCCGGUUGCUGAGCCUGGAGGACGGUUCGUCCUCGGGUAGACCGGACGUGGAGGGCACCGCAGCCAAACGGGAGGGGCCCAGCGAGUACGAGAUCUCCCUGGAGAACAAAAACAAACAGAUAGAAGACCUGGAACAGAAGUACGGAGGCCACCUCAUCUCCCGACGGGCCGCCCGUCGCAUCCAGACCGCCUUCCGUCAGUACCAGCUAAGCAAAAAUUUCCAAAAGAUCCGCAACUCGCUCUCGGAGAGCAAGCUACCCCGCCGGAUCUCCUUGCGCCAACCCAGCCCCUCGGGACGGAACCGCAAUAGCGCCCAGAGACACAGUUACUCUCUCCACCCGGGAGGGGGACAGAUACCGCUACGUUCCAAGACGCCGCCUCCGCCGCCGUGCCGCUCCACUUCUCUGCCCCCGUCUCCCGCGUCCGCCCCAGCAGCGGCUGCCCCUCCGGCCACGGGACCGGCGCCCGCUCAAAGCUCUGGACCCUCGCUCUCACAGCUGGAGGACUGCUUCUCUGAACAACUCCACUCGCUGGCCCAGUCGAUAGAUGAGGCCCUCCGUGGUUGGAGCGUAUCGGAGGGCCCGGAGGGCCAGGGCCUCCUCAUGGACCCAGGGGCUCUCCGUGCCGCCGCAGAGAGUGCCUGCCUCCCCCGCAGCGCCAGCUCUCUGCUCAUGGCCUUCCGGGACGUCACCGUCCACAUUGAUAGCAACAGUUCCUACACCAUCUCCUCUGCAACCACCACUACCACCACCUCCCUGGGCAACGCCGGCGGCGAAGCGGGCAGCAGGAAGACCUCGCUGAGCGGGAUGGGCCUCGUCAGAGGAGAGUCAGCUGAAGAGCCUGAAUUCCCUGCGCCUCCUCCAAGCGAGGAGCUGGAGAAUUUGGAUCCGGGGUCGCGGAGGGGUUCAGCUGUGCCUCUCCCGGGGGGGUACGGCGCCUUAGAAGGGGAAGGCAUCUCGGACGAUGUGGGGUCCAACUCCACAUCUACCUCCACCGCCAUCGUCACUUCGACCUUCUCCGACCAGCAGCCCGCCCAGAUUUACACCCAGUACCAGCAGUACCACUACACCCAUCCGCAGCAGCUGGCGGCGGGCACCGGCCCCGAUGCCCUGCAGGCUCUGGUGGUCUCCCUCCCCAGGGAUCGAUGCCAGGAUCCCACGUCUUGCCGGUCGCCCACCCUCUCCACCGACACCAAUCGUAAACGGCUCUAUCGGAUUGGACUAAACCUCUUCAAUGUCAACCCGGAGAAAGGAAUCCACUUCCUGAUCACGCGCGGCUUCGUGCCCGACACGGCCAUCGGCGUGGCUCACUUCCUGCUCCAGAGGAAAGGCCUCAGCAGGCAGAUGAUUGGAGAGUUCCUGGGCAACAGCAAGCUGCAGUUCAACAGAGACGUUCUCGACUGCGUGGUGGACGAGAUGGAUUUCUCGGGCAUGGAGCUGGACGAAGCCCUGAGAAAGUUUCAGGCUCAUGUGCGCGUGCAGGGCGAGGCGCAGAAGGUGGAGCGACUCAUCGAGGCCUUUAGCCAGCGCUACUGUAUGUGUAAUCCUGAUGUGGUGCAGCAGUUCCACAACCCCGACACCAUCUUCAUCCUUGCCUUUGCUGUGGUCCUCCUCAACACUGACAUGUACUCGCCCAACAUCAAACCACAGCGCAAAAUGGGCCUCGACGACUUCAUACGCAAUCUCAGAGGUGUGGAUGACGGAGCAGACAUCCCCAGAGAGAUGGUGGCUGGCAUUUAUGAAAGGAUCCAACAAAGAGAGCUGCGAUCCAAUGAGGACCAUGUCACCUAUGUGAGCCGUGUGGAGCAGUCCAUCCUGGGCCUGAAAACUAUCUUGGCCGUGCCUCACAGACGUCUGGUGUGCUGCUGUCGUCUGUUUGAGGUUCCUGAUGCCAACAAACCUCAUAAACAGAAACUGUCGCAGCUCCAGAGAGAGGUCUUCCUCUUUAACGACCUGCUCUUGAUCCUGAAGCUGUGCCCCAAGAAGAAAAGCUCGGCUUCUUACACCUUCUGCAAAGCCAUGGGUCUCCUGGGAAUGCAGUUCCACCUCUUCAGCAAUGAAUACUAUGCCCAUGGCAUCACCAUGAUGAGCCCGUUUACCUCUGAGAAGAAGCAGCUGGUGAGCUUUUGCUCACCAAGUGGGGAGGAGCUGCGGAAAUUCGCAGAGGAGUUGCGAGAGGCUAUUUCCGAAGUCAACGAGAUGGAGCACAUACACAUCCAGUGGGAACUGGAGAGGCAACAGGGCAUCCAACCUCACAGCAUACAUACGAAUGGCGGCCAAGUGGACGCGCACACGGGGCAAGGAUCCCCGUCAGGUCAACAGGAUGUGUACGAUAAAAGCGGCAACAACAACGCAGUGGAGGUGAGUGCCAAAACCACUCUUGUCUCCCUCAGGCUGCAGACCUACCAACUGAGCCCGCCCGGCGUUGAGUCGAUGCCCCCCCUGGCCCUGACCGCCCCGCCCGCCUUGCUCGACCCCGCCCCGGCCGGGGAACUCCGCCCGGAGACGCUCAUCCAGUGUCAGCAGAUCGUCAAAGUCAUCGUGGUGGACCAGAGCGGGCGGGGCCGCAUGGAGGCCUUCCUCAGCCAGGGCCCGACCGCCCACCAGCUCCUGCGCUCGGCCAUGUCCACGCCCGUCCACGUCCAGGGGGACGGGCCCCAGCCCCCUCUGCCGCCGCCCCCGCCCCCUUACAACCACCCGCACCAGUUCUGCCCGCCGGACUCGCCCAUGCCGCUACACCACACCAUCCCACUCACUCGCAGACGCAAUUCCAGCGGCUCCCGCAGCAUUGUCUGAAUUACUCCCCUCCCUCGCCCCUCCGCCCCCACCCCUACCCCAAAAAAACUGCCACUAUGACCCUCCCGGGACCGACAACAUGGAGUUGUUGGGACACCAUUUUGUUAAGGCAAUCGACAAUUGGCCCGCUCGCUGAAGAUGUCUGUUCCGCGUUUCACCACCUUCGAGACAAAUUCAGACUGCUUGUGCACAGGUGGCACCAAGAUUCAUAUAAAGCAGGGGUGGACAAACUCAGGCGCUCAAGGGCCACGUUUGAUUAUUUAAAAUGAACAGAUGGGCCAGCUCAUUCGUAGUAGACGAGGUGCAAAAAAAAGUUCAGUGUAUGCAAAGCGUGGGAUGGGAAGAUAAUUUGAACUCGUUCUUAAUCUGUUCAAUAUUUCUAAAUGAUUUAAUGAUAAUUCAUUUAUGAAUUGUUUAAUUUAUAUAUAUAUAUAUAUAUAUAUAUAUAUUUAUAUUUAUAUCCAUCCAUCCAUCCAUUUUGAGCCGCUUCUCCUCACUAGGGUCGCGGGCGCGCUGGAGCCUAUCCCAGCUAUCGUCGGGCAGGAGGCGGGGUACACCCUGAACUGGUUGCCAGCCAAUCGCAGGGCACAUACAAACAAACAACCAUUCGCAUGCACAUUCACACUUACGGGCAAUUUAGAGUCUCCAAUUCAUGCAUGGUUUUGGGAUGUGGGAGGAAACCGGAGUGCCCGGAGAAACCCCACGCAGGUACGGGGAGAACAUGCUAUAUAUAUAUAUAUAUAUAUACACACAGCGGCUGAAAUAAAUAUUUAACACGUCACCAUUUUUCUCAUUAAAUAUAUUUCCAAAGGUGCUAUUGACAUGAACAUUUCACUAGAUCCAUCCAUCCAUUUUCUGAGCCGCUUCUCCUCACUAGGGUCGCGGGCGUGCUGGAGCCUAUCCCAGCUAUCAUCGGGCAGGAGGCGGGGUACGCCCUGAACUGGUUGCCAGCCAAAUCGCAGCAUUUCACCAGAUGUUAGUGGAAGUAAUCCAUACAUACAAAGAAAGUAGAACAAAUAAGAUCAGACAUUAAGUUGUGUGUAAUAAUGUGAAAUGACACAGGGAAAAGGUAUUGAACAGAGCAAGUAUUUAUUUAAUACUUUGUACAAAAGCCUUUGUUUGCAAUGACAGCUUCAAGGUGCCUCCUGUAUGGAGAAACUAGUCACAUGCAUUGCUCUGGUGUGAUUUUGGCCCAUUCCUCCACACAAAUCUUGAAGGUUCCGUGAGCUUCUUUUGUGGACCUUGAGUUGCAGUUCUUUCCAUAGAAUUUCGAUUGGAUUCAAGUCAUGUGAUUGGCUGGGCCAUUCUAGCAGCUUUAUUUUUUUCCCUUUGAAACCAAUUGAGAGUUUCCUCGGCAGUAAGUUUUGGAUCAUUAUCCUGAUGAAAUGUCCACCCUCGUUUCAUUUUCAUCAUCCUCGUAGAUGGCAGCGGAUUUCUGUCAAGUAUGUCUCUGUACAUUUGCCCAUUCAUCCUUCCUUCAAUAAUGUGAUGUUCACAGUACCAUUUGCUGAAAAGCAGCCCCACAUCAUCAUGUUGUCACAUCUGAACUCCUCCAAACGUGAUGUGCUUUAUGGCAUCCAAACAGCUCAUAUUUUGCUCUCAUCUGACCAGACUAUAUUCUCCCAGCAUUUAACUGGCUUGUCCAAAUGUUGUUCAGCAAACCUUAUCAUGCUUUUUUUUUUCCCCCCAGCAAUGGCGUGAUGAGCGUGCAUACAGGCCAUGGCGGCAGAGUCCGUUACUCACUGUUUUCUUUGUGACAACAGUACCUGCUAAUUCCAGGUCUUUUUGAAGCUCUCCACAGGUGGUCCUUGGCUCUUGGACAGCUCUUCUGAUUAUUCUUUGCACUCCUCUGACAGAAAUCUUGUGAGGAGCACCUCACCUGAUCGAGGCAAAUUUAUGGUGGUGUGAUUGGCUUCCCCCUCACGUACUAUGCCCCCAACUGUGCUCACUGGAAGAUUCACGAAGCUGAGAUAUGCGCCUGUAACCAAUGCCAUCGUUAUGUUUUGCAGCAAUUAGUUUACGAUGGUCUUGAGACAGCUCUCUGCUCUUACCCAUCAUGAGAUGUGUCUUGGCUCACAAUUUGGCAAUGAGACCUUUUUGUAGGCUAUCAAUUCGGAGUGAACCAGCUGAUAUUCAUUUGCACUAACAAGGGGCUGGAUUGUUAUUUUAUUACUGAUAGAUUUUAGAUGUUGUCUUGGCUGUUCAUGCCUUUUUUCGCCUCCCUUUCUUCAUGUGUUCACUACUUUCGCCCCGUGUCAAUUCACAUUAUUACACACAACUUCUGAUCUUAUCUGUUCUACUUUUGUUGUAUGUAUGGAUUACUUGGGUUGUUCCCAACAUCUGGUGAAGAUUUAAUGUCAAUAGCACCUUUGGAAAUAUAUUUAGUGAGAAAAAUGGUGACGUAUAUAUACCGGGUGUUUGAAAAGUAACUACUUUUAAGUACUUUUUCAUUUAUUUCUGCACUAUAAUUCUUAUAGGAAAUGAACAUGAGAAGAAAGUGUAUUACAUGGUGUUUUAUUUAACAUUCGAUGGAAGAUAUAACUUCUUGUAUUCACCCUUCAAGUUCUCCCAAAGUCGUUAGUUCGGUAGAAUAGACUUGCUCCUUUAAUCAUGGAACAUACACAAAAAUAUUUUGAAAACAUUACAACAUAUGAAUAAAUUCUAAGUAUUUUAAAAUAGGGAGUUACUUUCCAAUCGCCCUGUAUAAAUAUAUAUAUAUAUAUAUAUAUAUAUAUAUAUAUAUAUUACUAAUUAUGUAUUUUAUGUGAAAAUAUUCAAUGAUCAAAUAAUUAGUUCAUUUUUAA